UCGAGGAGGGCCUUGUUCAAGAUAUCUUGGUUGAACUGCUAUUUGCAUCCACAGACCAUGUUUCCGCCGAUUUGACGCUAUCGCCAUCUUCUAGCAGUCUCUCCUCCGCCGAGUCAGUGCCCAGCAGACUACCUGCUUGUUUCACCACCAGAACCAUCAGAAACAAAUCCCAAUCUUCAGUACUUCCUCACCUCCACUCAUCCACUUGGUGUCCUUGUAUUAUCAUCCCUCUCGAUACCAACAGACUCAUCCGAUACAUCGCCUCGGCUUCCAUCUCUACCUCCGGGGCGGGUGCCAAUUGCCAUCCAUUCCUCUACUCUCCGUCAACACUCGUACACCUCCCGCAGCUCAUGGUUCUCCCACUAUAAGAAGGCCUCUCCUUCUCUUCUUCCGGUUACAAUCUUCUUCUCCUGGCCCUCAACGAUAUCCUCAGCCUCAGGUACGCCGGUUCGAUAACGGCCUCAGCCUCUGCUGUUAUCUUCUCUCAUAUCCUUCCUUUUCUAUCAUCCUUUCCUUCGCCGGACAUCCAAAUUCCCUCAAAACAUCAUAUCUCCUUGAACUCACUGUUCACACGCCAUCCGUCUUCACACAACUACAGCGAGUGCCAAACCUGAACACUUCGUGGCCAUCGGAUCUGAUCUGAGGCAUCCGUCUCUCUUUCACAUCGAGACAUCCAGGGGAUCACAGACCAUGGACGACCUUACGCCACCACCCACUCUCAAUGGAGACGAGCCAAAUGAAGAAGGGCCCUGCACGAACACGCAAUGUGCCCAUGCUCGUGUCAUUCUUGUUGGACUUAACGACACUCUCCGAAGGGAGAGGGAUCGAGCCCGAGAAGAAGCAGCUGACCUCAGGAGAGAGGUUAAUAGGUUAAAGGCGAAAAAAGCAAAGCACACACAAGUGACCUGGCCAGAAAUGCUACGCCAACAUAUUGCAACCAGACAACCGCCAUGGACAACAGUAUGGAAACAAUGCAAUAAGGAGGAGAAUAUGAGCGUGCGAAUCAACUGGGUGCAUCCAAAUAUCAAGUUUGUUACGCCAGAGGAAGGAGAAGCAGCCAUGCCAGAUCCAUCUGGUCCUGUCAACAACGGAAGGUUUAACUUUAAUGCCCUCCCGGCCGAAGUCCAGGCCAGGAUCUUCCAACUCUGGUUAUUCAAAAAGGGCAAACUUAUCCACGUUAUUUCCCGACUCGACCCCUUCGUCCCAAACGAGGACUUUCCAGAAGAAGCGGCCCUCAGAAACCGAAGUGGUCUCAAAAAUGUCUUUUUUUGGGGGGAGCGGCGCUGUAACAUCACCGACAGCGGGCAAAACCCUAAUUCUCUGCUCCGUGUCCUUCUUGUAUGCCGUCGAUUCUUCUUCAUUGGCAUCCACUGCUUCUACGGCCUUAAUUCCUUCGCUUUCUCCAGCUUGGGCGAAUUUUCACGGUUCUGUCAAGGGAUCGGUCCGGCCCGUGUUAGCCGCUUACAGCACCUUGAGAUUACACUGAUGGGAAAUCAAUACCUGACCGUUCCUUCUGUUUCGCGCCGCACCUCCCCUCUCAGCUUUCUCUUGGACUGUCAUCGUCUCAAAAGUCUCGUUAUUUUCGUCAAUGAAAGCGAGAAGACAUAUACCCGUCGUCGGUAUGAAAAUUCAAGAAUCCAGGACUUUAUGGUUCGCCAAACCGCUGGCCAGCCUAACCAGCGCAAGCAUCGCGCCCUCCGCUGCAUUCAAGGAAUGGAUUUUAUUUAUGCCCUCCGUGGUCUGGAAUGGAUUCGCUUUUAUGACUUGUAUAAGGCCAUUGCAUCUACAUCCAGGACCGUUAUCCGUGAGCCAGUGGCGGACUGGUCAUUCGUCGACGACGUUACGAAUACCACCACUAUGCAGAAAGUUCCCAGCCGUCGGGAGAGCUCAAGAUUAGAGAACCUGGAGCCUCUUUUCGGCGACAAUGACCAUUGGAACCCCGGCCAGGCAGAUUGGAGGCUCGUCAGAAGCUUUUACAAUGAUAAUGCUGGCACAUGGUCGUAUGACCAGCUCCUCGGUGGGGUUCAUGCCAAUAUUCCGUCGCAUAUGAGUGCGAGCAGUGGGCCAAGACAGGGGCACUCUUCGACUUCGCGAAACUCAAGUUCUUCGAGCUCAAGUUCUUCAAGCUCAAGUUCUUCGAGUUCAAGCUCAAGUUCUUCGAGUUCGAGCUCAAGUUCUUCUAGUGGACCGCAUCAUGGGGGUGGAGGUCCGGCUAUGAGUGCCGCAGGAAGCUCCAUUACCGACGCUAUUGAUCUUGGUGAUUCGGAAUCCACCCCCGGUCCCAACACAGAAACCGACUUACCACCCAGAAUUACUACCGAAAGGGCCGCCAGUAUGAUGAUCGAACUCUCAUCGGAUUCAGAAUCCGAUUCAGACGACGAUAGCCUCUUCGUUAGCCAACGACACCAACCCCAACAACAAGAGCCUAGCCCAACCCCCCACCCCUCAGAAGGAGGCCCCAGCGUGACGGCAUCCGUCCCAGCCCGCCUCCAUUCCCUCACGCCCAUGGGCUCCAUGACUUCCGGUCUCCUGGAUAGAGGCUUCUCCGUCCCAGCCAACCUUGGACGCCUUGAAACUUCUUCAGGACUUAGUUCCAGAAGUAAUUCGAUACCCAGAGAUCCCCAAAGCUUCGCUUCGUUGCUUAACAUCCAACCAGCGUCGUCAGCGGCGAGGUACUUACCUCCUAACAACGCAGCUGCUCUGGAGUCCGCUAGUGCAGUUGCUUCUUCGUCGAGGAGGGGUUCUAUGUCUUUUUCCAUGUCGAGGUCGCUUUCUAGAUCUCUUUCGAGGUCGGUUUCCAGGUCUGGGUCGUUGGUUAUUGAGAGAAAUGGGAAUGGAAGUCGAGCGGGGUCGGCGUCUAGUUACAGAAUACGCUUACGGUAUAGAUCUUCAGGGAGUUCGGGAUCAGGGAGUUCAGGAUCGGAGCUGUUUGUAAGGCAGACUCCGAGGCUGUUGGGAGGUGCAAGUGAUAGGGAGAGUGUAGAUUUGACGAACGUUGAUGAGGAUGGCGAGGAUGAUGGUCAUGGUGGUGGUGGUCUGCUUGGGAGAAGUAGAGGUAGUGAAAGUGGGAAUGGGGAGUUGAUGACGAUUGAUGAGGAUGAUGAUGAGAACGGGGAUCAAGAUAUGGAGGGUCGGGAUAGUGGGUAUGAAGGGGAUAGCGAUAUUGAGAUGGUGGAUUCGGUUUAGGCCUAACUCCAUUUUGAUGAGGCGUUGGAGGACGGAAUUGAAGGAGUUCAGGUGGGCUUGCAAUGUCUCUACUCGAGGGCGAAAUGCAUGGGUGGUGUUGGGGGAGGCGUUGGGCUGGUCGAUACCCCUUUUUAUUCGCAGAUGGGCAUAUUUCUCAGGCGAAAAUGCCUUCAUCUGCUUCACAGACGCCUUAGAUUAUUUCGCUGAUGCAUUUUUG